GGGUGCGCAUCUUCUCGGUUAGGAGGGCUUGGAUGGAUUUGAGUGCGAGAGAGUCAACCACGAAAGCGAGAGAUACUCCUCGUCCAGAACCAUUUCAUCAUUCAACGGGAAGUUAUUUUAACGGAGAUAACACUGAAGAGUUGUGGUUUUUUAUGUUUCGACGGAGAUAGAUGAUAGUUAAAGGUAUCAAAACAAUGAGUACAGACACUCAAACAUGGAGUACAACUGCAUGAUGCUUAGGUGUUACACCAACAAAUUUUAUAUUCCCAAAAGGGCUGUAACCUUCAUUCACAUUUAUAAGUUUUUAGAUAGAAAUUCAUACACGGAGUACUAAUUAUCCCAAAUUCCCAAUUCUUAUCUUCUCUAUACUUAGCUUAAUUAAAUCUGUUUCUAAAAAACAUAGCUGCAGUGAAAAGGGACUUCGGGAGAUGGGAAAUUGUCUGAAUAAACGGGGAUCGUCAUCCAUGGUGUGGGCUGCAGAAGAUGAAGAGGAUGAGUGGGAAUGGGAAUCGCAAGAUAAGAAAACUCAGAAGACUGGCAAUGGAAAUAGCAGCAGGUUGGUCGUAGGCGGCGGUGGUGACGAUAAAAACAGUAGCGCCGCCGCGUCGUCUACGUCGUUGAAGAUCACAAUCUCAAAGAAGCAGCUCGAGCAGCUGCUUGAGCUGGUGAGGAAAGGGGAAAAUGGUACUUGUAAUCAAGAAGAUCAAAUACUCUUAGCAAGAUUGUUGGCGGAUUCCGGUAGAAGUACUGAUCGGCACGGCGGAGAUAUGGUGGUGCGCCAACGAUCAUGGAGGCCGCGUUUGCAAAGCAUUCCCGAACUCAAUUGAACAUAUUCGGCUGUUCUUAAUUGCUGUGCAUACCCUAUAGUCAUCGAUGUGUAGGCUAAUUGGUUGAAUUUGUUGAUGAUGAAUCUGACUAUUAUUGGUGAGAUUGUUAUUUGUUAAUUAAUAGUUGAUGCAGGUUGUUGUCUGUAACUUUAGCCCAGAUUUAUGAGUAAUCUGAUUUUUUUAAUGUAUGUUCGUAUCAAUUCUUCAAACUCAUUGUCUAAUACUACCUCCUAC